AACCACUAAAAGCCACAAUCAGCCCACGGAAAGUAAAAAGCAGUGUUGGUAGUCAAGUGUCCUUGUCCUGCAGUGUGACGGGAACUGAGGACCAGGAACUCUCCUGGUAUCGUAAUGGUGAAAUCAUCAACCCUGGUAACAAUGUCCGGAUCACUGGCAUCAAUCGGGAAAACCUGAUUAUGGAUGGCAUGGCCAAGAGUGAUGGUGGAGCUUACCAGUGCUUUGUGCGCAAGGACAAGAUGUCCGCUCAAGACUAUGUUCAGGUGGUACUAGAAGAUGGAACUCCCAAAAUAAUUUCUGCCUUCAGUGAGAAAGUGGUGAGUCCAGGAGAGCCAGUCUCCCUUAUGUGCAAUGUGAAGGGGACUCCUCUGCCUACGAUCAUUUGGACGCUGGAUGAAGAUCCCAUUGUUAAAGACGGCAGUCACCGUAUCAGCCAGAUUAUCACUUCUGAAGGCAACGUGGUCAGUUACCUGAAUAUCUCUAACACCCAGGUCCGAGAUGGAGGAGUUUAUCGCUGUACUGCCAACAACUCUGCUGGAGUCAUCCUGUACCAGGCUCGAAUAAACGUAAGAGGGCCAGCAAGCAUUCGACCAAUGAAGAACAUCACAGCGAUAGCUGGACGGGACACCUACAUCCACUGUCGCGUGAUUGGCUACCCGUAUUACUCCAUCAAGUGGUACAAGAACUCUAACCUGCUACCAUUUAACCAUCGCCAAGUGGCAUUCGAGAACAACGGGACACUGAAGCUUUCAGAUGUGCAGAAGGAAGUAGAUGAGGGCGAAUACACGUGCAAUGUCCUUGUUCAACCCCAGUUGUCCACCAGUCAGAGUGUGCACGUGACAGUAAAAGUUCCGCCUUUUAUUCAGCCUUUUGAAUUUCCACGGUUCUCCAUUGGGCAGCGGGUCUUCAUUCCCUGUGUGGUGGUGUCUGGGGAUUUGCCCAUCACAAUCACCUGGCAGAAGGACGGCAGGCCAAUUCCAGCCAGCCUCGGGGUGACAAUUGACAACAUCGACUUCACCAGCUCCUUAAGGAUUUCUAAUCUUUCACUGAUGCAUAAUGGGAAUUAUACCUGUAUUGCUAGAAAUGAUGCAGCAGCUGUGGAGCACCAAAGCCAAUUAAUCGUGAGAGUGCCCCCAAGGUUUGUGGUUCAGCCAAGUGACCAAGAUGGGAUCUAUGGGAAAGCUGUAAUUCUCAACUGCUCUGCAGAGGGUUACCCUGUUCCUACCAUUGUCUGGAAGUACUCAAAAGGUGCUGGGGUUCCUCAGUUCCAGCCAAUUGCAUUGAACGGUCGCAUCCAGCUUCUUACAAAUGGCUCCUUGUUGAUUAAACAUGUGCUGGAAGAAGACAGUGGAUACUACCUCUGCAAGGUCAGCAAUGAUGUGGGAGCAGACGUCAGCAAGUCCAUGUACCUCACUGUUAAAAUUCCAGCUAUGAUAACUUCCUAUCCAAAUACCACCUUGGCAACGCAAGGUCAAAAGAAGGAAAUGAGCUGCACGGCACAUGGAGAGAAGCCCAUCAUAGUCCGCUGGGAAAAAGAAGACCGAAUCAUUAACCCUGAAAUGUCCCGUUACCUUGUUUCCACCAAGGAAGUUGGAGAUGAAGUGAUUUCUACUUUGCAGAUUUUGCCAACUGUGCGUGAAGAUUCUGGCUUCUUUUCCUGCCACGCCAUCAAUUCUUAUGGGGAGGAUCGUGGAAUAAUUCAGCUCACUGUGCAAGAGCCCCCCGACCCUCCUGAAAUAGAAAUCCGAGAGGUGAGAGCACGCAGUAUUGCCCUCAGGUGGACCAUGGGAUUUGAUGGAAACAGCCCAAUCACCGGCUAUGAUAUUGAGUGCAAGAACAAGUCGG